CACUAGUCUAGUCUAUAACACCAAUAUAUUGUAUAAGUAGGUACACUACUAUUAUACAGCAAGUACAUCCAGAUAAUAAUAAAUGAAGACAAUAUUAUAACAGAUUACCGAAAUAGUUAAUGUAGUCUACCGAGUAAAGACAUUAUUAAAAUAUCGAUAUUUUUUAUGUGAAAAUUGUUAAAACAACUAAUUAAGUUCUUUGAGCACUUGUGAUUAACUCAAUACCAGCUACUGCUAUUAUUUUUAUUUUUAUAUUGCGUUUUUCCACAAUACAUAUAUUUUAAUUCACAAAAUAUCAAUAUGAGUUUUAGCCGUGUUUUAUGUCGAUUUCUAAAAAACUCAAUUACAACACAGAACCAUGUUAAAAGUUUUAGCUGCAUUAGUCACCAAGCAAUGAGAUUUGUUCAAUAUAGAGAUGGUUGUGAUCGAGGUUUGGGUAUCCAACUGAAUGGCAGUGAAUCAAUAGUGAGCUUGAAUGCUGCAGAUCCCACUAUUCCCGUUGAUAUGGUAUCGUUUUUACACAGUGAAUACUCAAUUGAAAGAAUUGAAAAGAUAGUUAAAGAAAAAAAGAAAGUCUUGCAGUUGAAUCAGGUUGAGUUGUUACCAUGUAUUACUAAACCAGAUAAAGUUAUAUGUGUAGGGUUGAAUUAUAAAGGACACUGUGAUGAACAAAAUAAACCAUAUCCCAUAGAGCCAUUCUUUUUUUCAAAAUUCCCAAGCACAAUUAUUGGCCCAAAUGAUGCCGUAAAGCAUUCAUCAAAAUCAAAAGCAUUAGAUUGGGAAGUUGAAAUGGCUGUAGUCAUUGGAAAUAUAUGUAAAAAUGUAGGUGUUGAUGAUGCAUACAAAUAUAUAUUUGGAUAUACUAUCGCUCAAGAUAUAUCAGCAAGAGAUUGGCAGAAAACUAGAAAUAAUGGACAAUGGUUGAUUGCAAAAAGUAUGGAUACAUUUUGUCCUUUGGGAUCAGUUCUGGUACAUAAAAAUGAAAUUCCUGAUCCACAUUUACUACAGAUAAAAUGUUUAAUUAACGGUGUCAUGAAACAAAGUGGUUCAACUGGAGAACUGAUUCACAGAGUUGAUAAACUAGUUUCAUUUUUGUCAAAUUUGAUCACAUUAUUGCCAGGAGACAUUAUUCUUACUGGGACACCUAGUGGAGUUGGUGUAUUUCGAGAACCAAAAGAAUUUUUAAAAGUUGGAGAUGUCAUCGAAAGUGAAAUAUCAAGUAUUGGUAAAAUGAAAAAUCCAGUAAUUGCAGAUGAAUAAUAUUCAAGACCAUUAUUAGUAUUUGUUAAACUGUUAUAAAUAUUAAAUAAUUCGUUAUACUUUUAAGCAAAUUUGCAAAAUGUAUUUUUAA